AUGGAAUUUGUUGACAGAGAAAGAAAGCAAAUUAUGAGCAAUAUUCAUUUAAUCGACAUAAUCGACAUAGAAGACGCAUUGGUAGAUUCAAUGGGAAAGGAUUUGCAAAGCUUAUGGCCUUUAUCCACUAAAUGUGUUAUUUAUAAAGUUUCUGAGCGACUACGCCGUGUCAAGGAAAGUGCCUACACACCUAAGGUAGUCUCCAUUGGCCCACUUCAUCAUGGUGGUCAUCAAGGAUUAAGAGCCAUGGAAGAACAUAAAUUGAGGUACCUCAAAGAUUUUAUUGACCGGACAGGCGAAAGCUUGAAGUUUUUUGUUGACUUUGUAAGGAAGAAUGAAGCAAAACUUCGUAGUUGUUAUGCAGAAACCAUUCAGUUUAGCGUUGAUGAAUUUGUCAAAAUGAUUCUGGUGGACGCCGCCUUUAUCGUCGAGGUCUUGCUCAAGUCGUCUGACCGUAAACUGCUGGAUGAAAAUGAUCGGAUAUUUAAUGAACUGUGGCUGAUAAAGGACAUAUGGACCGACAUGCUUCUGCUUGAAAAUCAGCUUCCAUUCUUCAUUCUUAAGGAUCUUUUCGAAAAAUACAACAAAGAAGUCCUGUCGGAAUAUCCAACACUCGUUCAGCUUAUAGAAUACUUUUUCAAAUUCAGAAUGGAAUCGCCGGGAAUAGAAGACAGAUGGGAAGAGUUCUCUUCUGGUGAUUUCAAAAUUAAACAUUUUGUUGAUCUCCUACGACACGUGCAAUUAAAGCCUGUUAAGGAGCAUCAAAUGAAACUGAAAAAACUAACCAUGCCCAAUGUGACAGAGCUACACGAGGCUGGAGUCAGGUUUCAGGUAUCGAGAAGCGAAAAUCUAAUUGACAUAAAAUUUGACAAAAAGAACGGGAUACUGGAAAUCCCAAGUUUCAUUUUCAGUGCUGAAACAGAACUCAUAAUCCGAAAUUCGCUGGCCUUUGAGCAACACCAUUACAGUGAGAACUACAUCAAUGAUUAUGUUAUCCUUAUGAAUCAGCUUUUUGAAACUCCCAUGGAUAUAGAGUUGCUGGUGAAGGAGGGAAUUGUUGAGAAUAGGUUUAACAACACCAAAGAAGGGUCAGAUUUUCUUUACAAACUUGCAGGUGGGGCUAUUUUGGACCAGUAUGACUUCUAUUUUGCUAGUCUUUAUGAAGAGCUGAACUCUUUCUACAUAAUCCCAUGGCACAAGUACUGGAAGGUAACAUUGCACAGGUGGAAUGCGAAAUUGUACAAGUGGAAUAAGAAAUUGCACAGGUGGAAGGAAGACUUGAAAGAAAAAUAUUUCACAUCACCAUGGGCCGCCAUUUCGAUUUUUGCAGCUAUUUUUCUGUUUAUACUUACUAUCAUACAAACGGUAUGUUCUGUUAUGCAGUCUGGGAAGGCAAAAUGA